UUUUCAAAGGUCUCUUUUGCUGUUGUUUCGACUUCUUAGGAGAAGGAUACACAAGGGAUGGUCUCCUUCACGUGCAACCGAUGCCAGGAUGUGGUUAAGAAACCCAAGGUCUUUGGCCACUCCAACACGUGCGGGUCCUCUAGUUUUACCUGUGUGGAUUGUAUGGAGCUGUUUGACUUGAACUCUGUUAAGCACCACACUUCCUGCAUCACUGAGGUCGAUAAGUACCAAGGACAAUGGAAGCAAAAGUGCUCUGUGAAUGGGAAUCCUAAGAGGCCACAGGAGCGGGGUGACGAUAGCGACGGCGAUGACAAGUCCGCGAGGCAGCGACUGCACCCACCGCGACCAAGGAUGAAUAACUUGAGUGAUUCCGAUAGCGAUGACAGUGACUGGGUGCAUACGAAAAAGUCGAACACCUCGUCAUCCACAAUGAAGCAAAAAAAAAAAGGCAUGUCGACGAUGACGCAAAACUGGAGACUGAGCUGUCGCCAAAGUUGA